GCUGCUGAAGCUACGUCGGCCGGAGCCGUCUUGGAAAGAGCAUGACCACUUCUCUUUGAUGGGAUUUCUUUUGAACUCACUCUAGUGUCUUGAAAAUUACCUUUGUAUUUAAAAAUCAAACCAGAAAUGGAUUCCAAACUCACGGUCGCGAUCUUAGUUGUUUCCACUACAGCUGCACAAGAUCCUACUACAGACCUCUCCACAAAGGUGCUAUCCGACGUCUUGGCCGAUGACGGCAACGACCAAUGGAAGGUGACGGAUACCAAGAUCGUUACCGAUGAUGCGGUUGAUAUCCAAAGACAAGUCAUUACGUGGACAGACAGUCUAGGUGCUCCCAAUCUUAUCGUCACAACUGGUGGCACCGGUUUCGCUGUAGCAGACCAUACCCCAGAAGCGAUUUCUCUUAUUCUUCAUAAGCAGGCCCCAGGACUCGUUCAUGCCAUGUUAUCAACCUCUCUCGCCGUUACACCCUUCGCUAUGAUGUCAAGACCUGCUGCAGGCAUACGGAGAAACACAGUCAUAAUUACUUUGCCUGGCUCCCCCAAGGGAGCAAAAGAAAAUCUGCAAGCCGUAAUCAAGACGCUGCCGCAUGCAUGUCUUCAGGCUUCUGGUGCCAACUCGCGCAAACUUCACGCUGGUGGGGUGCAAAAAUUGGAAAAGGACGCUGGUAUAGCCUCUUCAGGCUGUUCUCAUGGCCACAGCCACAAUCAUGGUCACAACCAUGGUAGUGGUCAUGGCCACGCGCCUCUCGUUCGCCAUACCAAGCCAAACACCAACCCUUUGUCUAACGACCCCCUUCUUGGACCUAGCCGCAGAUAUCGUGAAUCCCCUUACCCGAUGGUAUCAGUUGAUGAUGCUCUGCAAAUGAUUGCAGACUUUUCUCCAGAGCCUCAUGUUGUUCGUGUCAAGGUCGACGAAAAUAUCGUUGGCUCUGUUUUAGCGGACGACGUUAAAGCGAGAGAAAAUGUGCCCGCAUUCCGAGCUAGUAUUGUGGACGGAUAUGCUGUGGUGGUACCAAAGGAUGGAAAUCUGAAGGGCGUUUUCCCAGUUACUGCUGUAUCUCAUGCAGCGCCUGGACAAACACCAGCUUUGAAGGAGGGCGAAAUCGCCAGAAUUACCACCGGUGCUCCGUUACCACCAGGUGCUACGUCUGUUAUAAUGGUCGAGGAUACGAUCCUCAAAUCCUUGACUGACGACGGUAAAGAAGAAAAGGAGGUUGAAAUCAACGCUGAAGGCGUGAAGGAAAACGAAAACGUCCGGGAAGUGGGUAGCGAUAUCCAAGCUGAAUCCAUCAUACUGAAGCGAGGUGAACAAAUAUCCGGUGUUGGCGGAGAAAUCGGCCUUCUUGCAGCUGUUGGAGUCGCCGAAACAGAUGUGUUCCGCAAACCCGUGAUUGGCGUCUUGUCUACUGGAGACGAGAUCAUUCCCUAUGACCGUCCUGGAGAUCUUAGGUUGGGUGAAGUGCGGGAUACCAACCGAAUUACUCUAAUUUCCGCGGCCAAGGAAUGGGGCUUUGAGGUUGUAGAUUUGGGCAUUGCGCAAGACAAAUCAAACACGCUAGAGGAAACAUUGAGGAAUGGUCUUCGCCGAGUUGAUGUUCUCAUAACUACAGGAGGUGUGUCGAUGGGAGAACUUGAUUUGCUGAAGCCCACGAUUGAGCGUUCUUUGGGCGGUACAAUUCACUUUGGCCGCGUUGCAAUGAAGCCCGGAAAACCUACAACCUUUGCUACAAUUCCUGUAAAGGACAAUGCUGGUACACGCGUUUCCAAGACUGUCUUUUCCUUACCUGGAAACCCUGCUUCUGCGCUCGUCACGUUCCAUCUUUUUGUACUUCCUUCGCUGCACAAGCAAUCAGGCGUCUCACCAGUUGGCCUUCCCAAGGUCUCAGUGUCCCUCGCGCAUCAAUUCAACAUGGAUUCUCGCCCAGAAUACCAUCGUGCUGUUGUAAGCGCGAAUAAGGAUGGUGUGUUGGUUGCAAACAGCACCGGUGGACAGAGAAGCUCUAAAGUUGGCAGCCUUAGAGCCGCCAACGCAUUGGUAUGUAUGCCCGGCGGCAAAGGUGUACUGGAGAAAGGUGCCAAGGUUGAUGCUCUUGUGAUGAAUGCUGUACGGACACAUGCAGUUUAACAAGAAUAGUUUGGAUCCAAUGAAAUGAUAAAGGUAGUUGAAUGAGUCUAUUCCACCAUGAGCAGGUUUGGGCCGCUGUAAUACAUAGAGGCCCUGGCCUGGGAUUGAUAUACAUGUCGGCCUUUUCGGACUAUAUUAAUACAUCCAUUAAAACAUAAUCUCUAGCCGAUCUCCCGAACGCCGGCCAAAAGUCUUUUCGCGUGCUGCUACUAUACAGCCUAUGCAUGCUUGACCUUUGCAUUGUUUUUAUCGAUUGCGAAGUUGAAGAGGGUGCCACCAAGUAUUGAUACUGUGGCUUAUGAUUUGUCGAAGGCUUCGGCUUUUUGCGCGACAAGAAGACCAACGAUGAGGCCAAAGAGACCGAGAACGGAGCUGAAGAUUUCGACGACAAGAAUCUUGACGAACCUAUAGGACAUUAGUCUCUGCAGCGAAGGAAAGAGGCUAUUAGACUUACAGAGAUGGAUCAGCAGCAUCUGCGAGAGCAGCACCACUGCCGUUGAUGCCUACAGAGAUGCCACAGAUGAGGUUGCAGAGACCGACGGUGAUGCCACCCCAGAAGAUCGCAAAUCCGGUGAAAUAUGAAUUGGCUGAGAAAGUCUGCUCAGCGUUGGCGGAACCGACCUUGGACGAGAAGACGAUUGCCAUAAUGAUACCAUAGAUGGCAACAACCUCGCAGAAAAUAAUAGAAAUCAGGUUCUUCGUUCGAAUACGCGGAGCCUUGACACCGCCACCGAGAAUGGACGAGCCGGUUAUAAAGA